AUGGCCAAAUCUCCAAGUGUCACAAAGUGUGGAGCUCCUCACAUGCAGGAGACUGAACUGAGGAACUGGACCUGGCAGGUGAAGGCAGAGAAAAGGCCAGGCCCAUCUCUAACCCAUCUGCCAGAUCUAUUUGCAAACACCACGACUGGAGCCGCCGCUCUGCCUCGGCAGAAGAAGGACCCGAGCUGCCAGACAACUGGUUGUUGGAUUGUUAGUUUUACACCACCUGAAACAUGUAACAAUCCAACUACUAGUUUCAAACCAUCUGAGACAACUAACAAUCCAACUACCAGUUUCACAUCAUCUGAGACAACUAACAAUCCAACUACCAGUUUCACAUCAUCCGACACAACUAACUAUCCAACUACCAGUUUCACAUCAUCUGAGACAACUAACAAUCCAACUACCAGUUUCACACCAUCUGAGACAACUAACAAUCCAACAACAAGUUUCACACCAUCUCAGACAACUGGUUGUUGGAUUGUUAGUUUUACACCACCCGAAACAUGUAACAAUCCAACUACUAGUUUCAAACCAUCUGAGACAACUAACAGUCCAACUACCAGUUUCACAUCAUCCGACACAACUAACAGUCCAACUACCAGUUUCCCACCAUCUGAGACAACUAACAGUCCAACUAUCAGUUUCCCACCAUCUGAGACAACUAACAGUCCAACUACCAGUUUCCCAGCAUCUGAGACAACUAACAAUCCAACUACCAGUUUCACAUCAUCUGAGACAACUAACAGUCCAACUAUCAGUUUCCCACCAUCUGAGACAACUAACAGUCCAACUACCAGUUUCACAUCAUCUGAGACAACUAACAAUCCAACUACCAGUUUCACAUCAUCUGAGACAACUAACAGUCCAACUACCAGUUUCACAUCAUCUGAGACAACUAACAAUCCAUCUACCAGUUUCACACCAUCUGAGACAACUAACAAUCUAACUACCUGUUCCAAACCACCUAAGACAACUGGUUGUUGGAUUGUUUGUUUCACACCACCUAAAACAAGAAACAAUCCAACUACCAGCGUCACACCAUCUGAGACAACUUACAAUCUAACUACAGAUGAUCUAAAAGACAAGGAUGGAUCUAUUAAUCCCUCAAAAGCAUCAAAAGCCUUGGACAAUCUUGAGCCUAAGAUGGAAGAGAUGGAAAAGAACAAUAUAAGCAACGCACGGAUUGUCAUGGGGGAUGUUAUUGGUCUUCUUCACAUACAAGACUAAAACACAGAAACCAGAGACAUAUGUUACUCUUCCGAUCCGAAAAGGAUAAACGUUACGAAUUGUCAAAGUGACCUGAAGACAGACAUUCCCUGGUCUGUAAAGAUUCCCAGCGAGGCCUCUAAUAAAUCGCGACUGAAAAACCAUGGAUGUGCGUUACUUGGAGUUCUACGGUUCAAAAACAUGGGAAAGGAUGAAACUAAAAAUUACACUGUUUGAAACAAUGAGGUUUAUGGAAUAACGAUGAGGGCCAAUAUCUCCGACCUUACCAACAAUAUAGAA